GCUGUGCAGUGAAUUCAUGGAGAAUGAGAGUUUCUAACUGCUGAACUAAACGAGGGCCUCACCACGGAGCUCCGCCACAGGACCUAAAUAGUCAACAAUAACAGCGACAAAAGGGCUGGAGCUAAAGCUAGCUGAGCCGCGGACGGCAGCGGGCUCCCCCAGCAGUGCAGGCCGUGUCGGGGUGCGGACUUUGGGUCGCGAUGUUACCACAGUUUCGGUUGACACAGUCUCAUCACGGAGCUGCAUUACAGGACCACAGAGCCGCGCAGUUCGGCCAGUGACUGACGGUGUGUCAGUGGUUUAUUAACGGUCUGUUAGCGGGCUGUUAACUGCUUCAUGUCCACGGAGCCGUCGGUUUUAGUUUCAGGACAAAAGAGCAGCCAGCUGGGGUGGAGGUGGAGAUGGAGAUGGAGAAGAUGCACCUUCAGCUGGUGACCAAGCUGCAGGGCAGGCGGCAAAGGACGACGCCGCUGCAGACGGCGAUGCCAAACCCUCCACCACAACCGCAGAGAGACACAAAUCCAUCCAAACUAAACUGGAGGGCCUCGAGAUGCUGGUGGACCUCAACGGUGCGGGACGUAAGUCGUGUCCUCUGUGUCCUGAGGAGAAGUUCAAAGCCUGCUACAGCCACAAGCUCCGCCGACACCUGCAGAACCUGCACUGGAAAGUCUACGUGGAGUUUGAAGGCCAGAGGAUGUGCAUCUGCCACCUGCCCUGCAGAAACCUGAAGCCCAGCCUCAGUGGAGAUCAGGCGCCGGGGAGGCACGGCGCUCACUACCACUGCGUGGUGUGUUCGGUCACCAUCGCCCGGAAGACAGACAUGAUCAGCCACCUGAAACGACACGUCAACAAAGGAGAGACUGAAGCCAGCUACUGCGGGAGCUCCGACGUGGCGUUCGAGGAGCCGGCUCCGUCCGGUCAGGCGUAUGAAAUCAUGAAAGAGCUUGGAACCAACGUCCAGCUCCUGCCCAACCACACCACCCCGCAGAAGAGCGACACCUACUUCAACCGCAAGAUGAAGACCAACAGGCAGCUGGUGUUUUGUUCGCUGGCUGUUCUGGCUGAGGAGAGAAACCCACUCGAGUGUCUGGACGCUUUCGGAGCGACAGGGAUUAUGGGCCUCCAGUGGGCGAAACACCUUCGAGCUGCAGUCAAAGUCACCAUAACUGAUAUCAGUGACACGUGUGUCAAAAUGAUCAAAGAAAACUGUGAGCUCAACAACAUUCGGGUGGACGGAGGCUCACGAGGCCCCCGGGGGCCCGAUGAAGUCAAGGGAGCAGCCAUCGCUACGGUGGAGGUAGCCAAGAUGGACGCCAAUGUCAUCAUGCACCUGCGGCCCUUUGAUUACAUUCACUUGGAUCCAUACGGCACGGCAGUGAACUACCUGGACGCCGCCUUCAGAAACGUGCGGAACCUGGGCAUCAUCUCGGUGACGUCCACAGACACGGGCUCGCUGUACUCCAAGUCUCCCAACGUCACCUUGCGGCACUACGGCUGCCACAUCGUACGCACCGAGUACUACAAAGAGCUGGCUGCUCGCAUGGUUGUAGCCACUGUGGCCAGGGCGGCGGCUCGCUGUAACAAAGGCGUCGAGGUGCUGCUGGCGGUGGCGCUGGAGCAUUUUGUCCUGGUGGUGGUCAGAGUCCUCAGAGGUCCCUCGCAGGCCGACGAGUCGGCCAAGAAGCUCCGCAAGCUGGUCCACUGUCAGUGGUGUGAGGAGAGAGUCUUCCUCAAACAGGGGAACAUGGUGGACGACACGCUGCCCUGCAACUGUCAUGGAAGUCUGCCGGGAAGGACAGCAGUGCAACUGGGACCGUUAUGGUGUGGGCCUCUGUUUAACACGGGCUUCCUGAGGAGGAUGCUGUCAGCCGCCGUGCAGCACAGCAUGGACGACAUCCAGCCGCUCGUCAAAACUCUCAUCUGUGAGUCCGAGUGCACCACCCUCAAGUCUCUAGUCCACGGACCGUCGGCUCUCACCAAUCAGGUGGAGUGCGGCGUCGUCAUUAAGACCCUACAGAGCGGCGAGGAGUCGGGUCCUGCAGAUCAGUCUGGGAAGAGGAAGACGGGGGACGAGUCGGGUAAUGUCGUGAAGAAGCUGAAGUCUGAGGCGUCUCUGGAACAUCCGCCCUUCUAUUACAGCAUCCACCGCCACAGCAUCCGAGGCAUGAACAUGCCCAAGCUGAACAAGUUCCUGCAGUACCUGACGGAGGCCGGCUUCAGGGUGAGCCGCACCCACUUCGACCCGACGGGGGUUCGGACCGACGCCACGCUGGACCAGUUCAAAUCUGUCCUCACCAAGUACAGCGUGCCCACGUACACCAACGCCGCCGCCCAGACGAGUGUGAGCGUGCAGAAAACGGCGUGAGGGCGAGCGUGGCCGCCGUCAGCCCGCACUCGGCGACCCCUGCACUGACGCCUGGAGCACACCUGCACCUGUGUGGACGGCCCUUCACCGCAGCGGCGUAGAAACCAAACUGACCCUGAGCCCAGUUCAUCCACUGUUUAUUUAUUUCACGUUUGUCUUUUGUAGCUGCUUUACUGUCCGCUUUUGUUUCUCUUCUAAAACAAUAAAAUCUUCAUGCAAAGCCUCCCG